AUGGAACAUAUUGGAAAUAUGGAGGAAAUACAUUCAAUUCAUUUCCACCACAUUGGCUCAAUGGGACUUCAUUUUAAAAUUGAUAAUUAUAUUAAAUUUAAAUAUGAUAUAAUGCAUUCAACAAAUUCUUCUCAAGAUGAAGACUAUUGGUAUGCAAAUGAAACAUGUCAAACUGAUAGUGGUAAUAUUUAUCGAUGUGAAGAAAUCUAUUUAAAAAAAAAUACACAAAUUUCUCUUUGA